CCAGCAUUUCUUUGCGGUCGCCAGUGGUGUGCCAUGCCUGCUCGGUGCGCCCUUCUCUGCCCGAUUCCCAYCUUGGGCUUUGCAAGAAACGGGCAAUAAUCAAGUGCUCCGUUUUCUAGUUUCUGCACCCGAGCUUGCUUUGGAGCAGGGAAGCAAGGCUCCUGCAUGCCUUGCUCCUGGAUGAUGCUCAUUCUGCUGGGGCUGAGGUGGCUUGGCUUGUUUCAUUUCAAAUAAAGCAUGCAUGUGGUUAUUGAGCUCAUGUCCUUUCCAUUGGGGCAGAGGGAAUGUUUCCAGGCUGUUGUUUUUAAUUUUAAAUUGUCCAUAGGAAUAAGGACUGGUGGCAGCUUCCAUGGAGUCUUUCUCAAUGAGCAAGAUUUUGGAGAAGGCAGUUAUCCACCUGAAAAGCCCGGMGCUCUCUGCUGCCUUCAUGCCAAGUGGUGGCCCCGCACAGGGCCGCCUGUGACAUGGUGGCCACAGACUUGGGAAGGCUUUGACACCUCCUCCGGCCAUGAGGGCGGGCUGCCGGCGGUGUGGUUUAGCACAGACCRUAGCGGGUGGGAGCAGCCCCUCAGAGUGGCUGUGAGGGCUCGGCCCGGGCCGCCUGCCCAGGGAGGUGUCCCCGCUCAGCACCACGGCCUGGGCCCUGCUCCCCAAGGAUUAGCUCGUGGCCUUUCUCCCCUCCCGGGGAGCUGGCGCUCAUUAGCCCUCUGAAAGCUGAUACAGCCCCUCCGGGCUCACACGAGCGGCCCCAGCCCCUCUGUGCUAAUCAGAGACAGGCAGGGCCCGGCGGCGGCGGGGCUGCGAAGGGCCARGAGGGGAUGCGGGGCUGCUUCCUGCCCUGGGCUCAGCGGCGGGGACGGGCCCUCCCGGGCACGGCCAAAGCUCACCCAUCGGGGGAGCCGCGGAGCGCUGGGCGGCUCAAGAGCCGGGGUGAGGAACGGAUGGUGCGGAGAGAUGGGGCCUGACCGCCCCCGCCCGCCCAGGAGGGACGGGCCCCUGCUGGRAGCGGGGCUGGCACCGGCCAUGGUCUCUGCGAGUGGUAUUGAGCGGGGUCCCCGCGGGUGGCAUUGAGCGGGGACCCUGCUGGCGUGUGCCGGAGCAGCGCCGGGAUGAGGCUGCUCCCAGCCCAGCCCGCYAGCCCCGCAGCUGGGGCGAAGCCCGAAUCCCUGGCUGGGGAACAGCGGCAGCGCCUGCGCCUCGCUCGUGGCCUCUCCGGCGAGGAAAGGAAUGUGUGUGUGAGGGAGGGGGGCACAGAACUUUCAGCAAAUUGAGCUGGAAUUKUCAAAUUCUCCGUUGCCUGCAAGCGCUGAAAACACCGCUGUGUUACUUCCCACCCCCCUUUCCCCUCCUCCUCSUUGUUGUGGUUUGUUUUGUUUCUUUUUAUUACUUUAUUAUUUUGGAUCUUUUUUUGUAAGCUGCGCUCCCCGUCCGCACCCGCCCGCUCGGCGGCCGCGGGGCGACUCCGGCAGGGCUGGGGCUCGCCUUUGCCUGCCCGCCCGCCUGCCUGGCUUUUUUGCAGGGCUGCUGGGAGUUGUGAAGGCGUGUGAGAAUCCUGGGAGCUGGUGAUGUCAGACCGCUUGGGUCAUUUGAAGGUUAGCAGCCUGGGAAGGGUUCACGGAAAGUUCACUCGCAUAUAUUAGGCAAUUCAAUCUUUCAUUCCCUGUGACACAAGUAGUAGGAAGUGAGCUGUUCAGAGGCAGAAGCAUCUAUUCACGGCCGAGGGGGAUCCCGAGCCUCCACCGGAGCUGUUUUAUCCCGGGGAGGUGGGCGAUUGGCACGGCGUGGGACGCGGCACACACCCGGCGAGCGCCCCAGGAGCUGGACUGACUCUCRAGAAAUUUUGGGGGGAAAUUGAUGGUAGCUAAAACUUGGAAUGUGGCUCGCAUCCCCCCAUCUUGCUGGAUUGGCUGGGCAGCCUGGAAAAUGGUAAAUGAUCAUUUGGAUCAAUUACAGGCUUUUAGCUGUGUUGUCUGUCAUAAUUCAUGAUUCUGGUCUGGGAAAAAGACCAACAGCCUACGUGCCAAAAAAGGGGCAGAGUUUGAUGGAGUUGGGUGUACUUUUAUGUGCCAUUUUCCUCCACACCUAGAGGAAAGCACUUUUGCAGGCAUUCUGUGCAGGGGGAAUCAUGUUUGACUGUAUGGACGUUCUAGCAGUGAGCCCUGCUCAGAUGCUGGAUUUCUACACUGCGAGUCCGUCUUCCUGCAUGCUCCAGGAGAAGGCUCUCAAAGCAUGCUUCAGUGGAUUGGCACAAACAGAGUGGCAACACCGGCACAGUGCUCAAUCAGUUGAAACUCAGAGCACCAGUUCUGAGGAACUUGUUCCGAGCCCUCCUUCACCACUUCCACCCCCUCGUGUUUACAAGCCCUGUUUUGUUUGUCAAGACAAGUCAUCUGGAUAUCACUAUGGUGUCAGUGCUUGUGAGGGAUGUAAGGGCUUUUUCCGCAGGAGUAUCCAGAAGAACAUGGUUUACACAUGUCACAGAGAUAAAAACUGUGUUAUCAAUAAAGUUACCAGAAAUCGCUGCCAGUACUGCAGACUACAGAAGUGCUUUGAAGUGGGAAUGUCCAAAGAAUCUGUCAGAAAUGAUAGGAACAAAAAGAAGAAGGAACCUUCAAAGCAAGAGUCCACAGAAAACUAUGAAAUGACAGCAGAGUUAGAUGAUCUCACUGAGAAGAUCCGAAAAGCUCACCAGGAAACCUUCCCCUCACUCUGCCAGCUGGGAAAAUACACUACGAACUCCAGUGCAGACCAUCGGGUUCGACUGGACCUUGGGCUUUGGGACAAAUUCAGUGAACUUGCAACAAAGUGCAUUAUUAAAAUAGUGGAAUUUGCAAAGCGAUUGCCAGGCUUUACAAGUUUGACCAUUGCAGACCAAAUAACUCUACUCAAAGCAGCCUGCCUGGAUAUACUGAUCCUUAGAAUUUGCACAAGAUACACACCGGAACAAGACACCAUGACCUUUUCAGAUGGCCUUACCCUGAACCGAACUCAGAUGCACAACGCCGGAUUUGGCCCACUGACUGAUCUCGUGUUCACCUUUGCCAACCAGCUCCUGCCUUUGGAAAUGGAUGAUACAGAAACAGGUCUCCUUAGUGCCAUCUGCUUAAUCUGUGGAGAUCGCCAGGACCUUGAAGAACCAAUGAAAGUGGAUAAGCUUCAGGAACCCUUGCUUGAAGCAUUGAAAAUUUAUAUCCGGAAGAGACGACCCAACAAGCCUCAUAUGUUCCCAAAGAUCUUAAUGAAAAUCACGGAUCUUCGUAGCAUCAGUGCAAAAGGUGCAGAACGUGUCAUUACAUUGAAAAUGGAAAUUCCUGGAUCCAUGCCACCUCUUAUUCAGGAAAUGUUGGAGAACUCUGAAGGACAUGAACCACUGACACCAACCUCAAAUGGAAAUACUGCAGAACACAGUCCCAGUAUCUCACCYAGUUCAGUGGAUAACAGCAGUGUCAGUCAAUCCCCUAUGGUGGAAUAAGACAUUUUCCAGCUACUUCAGACAUUCCUAAUACCUUAUGUACAGGGAUGAAAAGCAAGAAAAACAUUUUUACUGCUGCUUAGUUUCUGGACUUAAUAUAUAUCUAUAUAUGUAUAUAUAUAUAGAUAAACUCAACAAGGACCAAGAAAUUUUCAUAUGUAUCGAUAUAUACUCCUUGCUGUUUAAACUCUUAAAACUAGAAAAUGCAAACUUUUGAAACUCUGAAUCAGCCAUUUCAUGCAAAAAAAAAAAAAUAGUUAAGCUUCUGUUUUCUUCUCUGAACACUCAAUAUUGCAUGGUGACAAGACAGAUCUCAGUCUUCAAAUUCUGGUUGCAUUUCUGAUGACUUUGUACAUACAAAUGUAUGGCUGUACUCUCCAUACUGGAUGUUUGGUGCUUUCCUUUUGUCUCUCAUACCUAAAACGAUCAAGACACCAACCAUAGGACAUGGACUACUGUACACAUCCAGAGAAGGAAGUUGAAAGGACCGUCUGAUUUAGUUGAAAUAUGAAAACUUGUCUUUGAUGCCCUCAGUUUGCAUCUCCUUCCUUGUAAAAAGUACACAAAACGUCACUGCCCCAGCAGAAGAGGUAUUGGUAUCAGCAUUAACUGCCAGAUCAGUUAUUCAGAUGUCAUUUGUUCCACUGUUAAUGUCACUUUAAAUUUUAAAGAAGUGGUUUCUUAGCUGGCUGGUGACCUAGCUCCACAAUUACCUGCUCCAUUUCGACAGCAAUGCUAUAGCCUCCAAGGCAGAAACACUUUUCAGUGUUACCAUGUUUUUGUUUACUUGUUCACAAGCCAUUAGGGAAACUUCAUGGGGUGAUAACCAGCAGACUCACUUGCAGCUCUUGAAUCGCUGAGUCCAGGGUAUUUCCUUAAGAACCAACUGCCAGGAAUCCUGGGUUUUCCAGCCUUCCAGGUGCUAGGGAAGUACAGCUAGGAYUUCCAGAAACACAAGGAGAGAAUCUGCCUUCUUGGCCUUGUUAAAUCACCAUGAAGCAGAGUGAAAACUGUGGUAGAAUGGUUAACAGAUUUAAAGUGUCAGUUUCUUAGGUUUCAUUUAAAGCACUAGUGGAAUUUUUUUUUUUUAUAUAUUCUAGCAAGUCUGUGAUGUACUUUCACUGGCUCUGUUUGUACAUUGAGAUUGUUUAACAAUGCUUUCUAUGUUCAUAUACUGUUUACCUUUUUCCAUGGAGUCUCCUGGCAAAGAAUAAAAUAUAUUUAUUUUAAAAAUUGUGUAGAAGUAGUCCCUCUAGCCCAAAUUUACACACAUACA